AUGGCAUUCCCCAUUGCUCUUAAAGCGUCUUCAGCUAUUUGUGCUACAACCGGCAUCAUAGAUCUUAUCCUAGGUCCUAACUUUCUACUCAAGACUUGCGGCGCCCCUCCUCUCCCAAGCGGCCACCCUGUCGUGGAAAGUCAGUAUCGAUUCUUUGGUGGCAUAUGGGCAGGCUACGGUGCGAUGAUAUGGUGGGCAAGUAACGAUGUUAAGGUUAGGCGAGCCCCUCUUGCUCUGCUGGGCGGAAUUAUGAUGCUGGGCGGCGCAGGACGGCUUCUAGCCGCAUGGAAUCAUGGAUUCGGCGAACCCCUAAUGGCGGUCUUCGCGGGCAUUGAGAUAUUGGGUCCUGUGAUACUGGGCUUGCUGGGGCAGAGUACUGUUUAUGAGGUGGAGAAGAAGUCAGCAUGA